GAAAAUGCGCUCGGAUACGCUUCAGAUUGUAUGGCACGCUCGGAAGCCCGUCUUCAGCGUCGACAUCCACAUGCACAGCAACACGCUGGCAACAGGCGGCGCUGACAAUGAUAUUCGCAUCUGGCACAUCGGACCAGCCAAGUCCCAGUCUCAGUCCCAGCAGCAGCAGCAGCAGCAGCAGCAGCAGCAGCAGCAGGGCAAGCAGGCAAAUCCCAAUGCAAAUCCAUACGAUGUCGAAGUCGAGUUUCUCGCGACGCUCGUCCGCCACACAAAGGCCGUCAACUGCGUCCGCUUUGCCCCAACCAAAGAGCGCGUCCUUGCAUCGGCAAGCGAUGAUGGCCUGAUUAUCAUCUGGCAGCGCAACGACCGGUUGGCGGACGCCGGUGGAUCCGCAGUCUCCUCCGACGAUCCCUCAAAGUCGGCUUUUGGAGGGCUGGCGCGCGACGAUGGUUCGGUGGAUAAGGAGUCCUGGACCGUGCGGACGGCACUCCGCAUGCACAUUGAAGAUGUAUUGGAUAUUUGCUGGUCCCCCGAUGCUAACUACCUGAUUUCCGGCUCUGUGGACAAUACUGUGGUGGUUUGGGAUGUGGUUAAAGGUCGACCCCUACAACAAUUGAAAGACCAUCGGCACUAUGUUCAAGGCGUGACGUGGGAUCCUCUUGGCCAGUACCUCGCCUCCCAAAGUAGUGACCGCUCUUUGUGUAUCUAUUCGGUGGUUGACAAGGAGGAGAAGAAAAAGAAGGCUGUUGCUGGCGAAAAGGCCUUGGGUGCUGCCGCCGCUUCCACCGCAACGCCCGAAGAGGCGACGACUACCACCCGUCGCAUCAAAGAGAUCAAGCCCGUUGUCACACACACCCGGUUUGACUUUGCAGAAUAUGCCAAACUGCGCAGUGUAACGACAGACUCGUCAGACCCAACAACGCGCACCGUCACACUGGCCGACUCUGACAGUCCGACCACCGUCAAAGUCACCAUUGCUGCUGAGCAAGUCGAGGAGACCCCGGCCGUCACAGCAGUCAGUGAAGAAACAGCUGUACCCAUGGAUACGAGCGUUGCUCGAUCUGCAGCCAAAACGGACGCAAAUCCGGCAGCCUCGUCGUCCAACAAGACCCGCUUUUUCCAUGACGAGACGCUCCCCAGCUUCUUCCGCCGCCUUGGCUUCACGCCAGACGGUGCGCUUCUGCUUGCUCCCGGAGGUUUGGGAUCUGCCCUGUUGCAUCCCGAGGUUGCAAGUCGCACGGCUCCCAAACCAGCCGCGAACGCGGAUGCUGCACCAGCUCCUGUUGGUCAAGAGGCUGGAGCCACCAAGUCCGAGGAGAGCGACGGCGUCAAGAAGCCGACCGAGGAAACAACGACGGCUCCUCGUGCAACUGCCAUUCACACGCUCUACGCAUUUGCUCGCUCGUACCUGAAUGCCCCGCUGUUUGAUAUCUGUGCGCUUUCCAAGCCCGCCAUCGCCGUGCGUUGCUCGCCCGCCUUGUUUCAGCACCGCCAGCUGGCAGAGCCUGUUGCGCCCUUCUUGAAGCUGCCUUACCGCAUGAUUUUCGCGAUUGCAACGAUCGACACUGUUUUAGUUUACGACACGCAGCAACGCGCUCCGUUUGCCAUGUUUACCAAUUUGCAUUACGCUCCGCUUACAGACAUUGCAUGGUCCGGGGAUGGCCACACUCUCAUGAUGUCCUCCCAAGAUGGAUAUUGCUCUUAUGUGACUUGGAAAGAAGGCGAGAUCGGACUUCCGCUUGCUGCGAGUGCAUACCCAGAAGGGGUACCCGCGCCAGCGCUGCUUGCCGAGCUCCCAACACUGGAUGACAAAACUCUUGUCGCUCCAGCCCCAGUCGCUGUAACGCAGCCCAUGCUAUCAGCCUCCAGUUCGACCACUGCAACCAGUGUCAAUGAUAUCAGUCAUUUGAUCAAGAAAAAGACCCCGACAGGUGUGGUAGCGGCUGCAACUCCGGCUGCUCCGCUCGUGAACGACCUUUCUCAUUUGAUCAAGCGCAAGGCUACCACCGCCGCCGCCCUUACUGCCAGUGCUAGUGCCUCCACUGAAGCGAAUGGCAGUGCCGUGGCCUUUUUGUCGCCUUUCAAACGAAAAGAUGAAGCAGAAUCCUCCGAAAAUGGUCACGAAAGCGAUCCUGAACUCAACAAACGGCUGAAACUUGAUGCCGAAAAUGUGGAUGCGAUGUGAUCGAAGCGGGUUGCUUCAGACCAAGAGUGUUUGAUUGUUUUUUUGUCGUUGUAGUAUCUCUUAACGCUUGACCAAUGAAAAAAUGCGC